AUGAAGAAGAAUAAGUUUGGGAACAACAGUCUUGGCCCCAUCUGUUUUGAUAUGAUUGAAGAAGCCUACAUGACAAAAUGUGGACACAGCUUCUGCUACAAAUGUAUUCACCAGAGCUUGGAGGAUAAUAACAGAUGUCCCAAAUGCAACUAUGUUGUGGACAACAUAGAUCAUCUUUAUCCCAACUUCUUAGUCAAUGAACUUAUUCUUAAACAGAAGCAAAGAUCUGAGGAGAAGAGACUCAAACUGGACCAUUCAAAUGGCCAUAGGUGGCAGAUAAUCCAAGAUUUGCUGGGAACUGAUCAAGACAAUCUUGACUUGGCCAAUGUAAACCUGAUGCUGGAGCUGCUGGUGCAAAAGAAAAAACAGUUGGAAGCAGAGUCCCAUGCUGCCCAAUUGCAGAUCCUUAUGGAAUUUCUCAAAGUUGCCAGAAGAAACAAACGUGAGCAAUUGGAGCAAAUCCAGAAGGAGCUAAGUGUUCUGGAAGAAGAUAUUAAACGAGUAGAGGAAAUGAGUGGUUUGUACUCCCCAGUCAGUGAGGACAGCACAGUGCCACAGUUUGAGGCUCCCUCACCUUCACACAGUAGUAUUAUUGACUCCACGGAGUACAGCCAGUCCCCAGGCUUCAGUGGCCCUUCUCAGACCAAAAAGCAGCCAUGGUACAACAGCACUCUGGCCUCACGACGCAAGCGGCUCACGGCUCAUUUUGAGGACCUAGAGCAGUGCUAUUUUUCCACCAGGAUGACACGUGUUUCGGAUGACAGCAGAACCACAAGCCAGCUGGAUGAGUUUCAGGAGUGUCUGUCCAAGUUCACACGCUACAAUUCUGUCCGACCCCUGGCAACAUUGUCUUAUGCUAGUGACCUCUACAAUGGCUCCAGCAUCGUGUCCAGUAUUGAGUUCGACCGAGACUGUGACUACUUUGCCAUCGCUGGGGUGACAAAGAAGAUUAAAGUCUAUGAGUAUGGUACAGUCAUUCAGGAUGCCGUGGAUAUUCACUACCCGGAGAAUGAAAUGACCUGUAAUUCCAAAAUCAGCUGUAUCAGCUGGAGUAGUUACCACAAGAACCUGCUAGCCAGCAGUGACUAUGAAGGCACAGUCAUCCUUUGGGAUGGAUUCACAGGACAAAGAUCCAAAGUCUACCAGGAACAUGAGAAAAGGUGCUGGAGUGUUGACUUCAAUUUGAUGGACCCAAAGCUAUUGGCUUCAGGCUCUGAUGAUGCCAAAGUGAAACUGUGGUCUACCAACUUGGACAACUCAGUAGCAAGCAUCGAGGCCAAGGCUAAUGUCUGUUGUGUCAAAUUCAGCCCCUCUUCUAGGUAUCACCUAGCUUUUGGCUGUGCAGAUCACUGUGUUCACUACUACGAUCUUCGCAACACUAAGCAGCCCAUCAUGGUGUUCAAAGGGCACCGCAAGGCGGUUUCCUACGCGAAAUUCGUGAGCGGGGAAGAAAUCGUCUCUGCGUCAACAGACAGUCAGCUGAAGCUGUGGAACGUGGGGAAGCCUCACUGCUUGCGCUCCUUCAAGGGUCACAUCAACGAGAAGAAUUUCGUGGGCCUGGCAUCCAACGGAGACUACAUCGCCUGCGGAAGUGAAAAUAAUUCCCUAUAUCUAUACUAUAAGGGCCUCUCAAAGACACUGCUGACGUUCAAGUUUGAUACAGUCAAAAGUGUCCUGGACAAGGACCGGAAAGAAGAUGACACAAAUGAGUUUGUGAGUGCUGUGUGCUGGAGGGCACUACCAGAUGGGGUCCUCCCCGUGCUUGGCUGA